UCAUACACGCCGUCCAGUUUAAAGACAGUCUGGAUUCACUCGGUCACACUUCGAGAAGAAGGAGGAGAAGCAGAAGAACCGGCGGCCGUUCAUCUGCGCGUCCACCACUGCAGCACCAUGUCCAAGUUCCAGGCGGAGUGGCAGGAAAUGGAGGAGGAAUAUCAGCAACUGCAGGAAACUCACAAAUUAUACAGACAAAAACUAGAAGAGCUCACCAGUCUGCAGACGACCUGCAGCAGUGUCAUCAACAAACAGAGGAAGAGCCUGAAAGACCUGAGGCACAGCUUGUCCAGAUCUGGAAAAACGUGCGACGAGAAUGAUCUUAAACUAAUCACCGACAUCAGGUCUCAAAUUAAAGAGAAGGAAAAUGUCUUCUUUGACAUGGAGGCGUAUUUACCAAAGAGGAACGGACUCUACCUUAAUUUGGUCCUGGGUAACGUGAACGUAACGCUUCUCAGCAACCAAGCAAAAUUUGCCUACAAAGACGAGUAUGAGAAGUUCAAACUUUACAUGACGAUAAUCCUGAUGUUUGGAGCCAUCACCUGCCUCUUCUUCCUCAACUAUCGAGUCACGGACGAAAUCUUCAACUUUCUGCUGGUGUGGUAUUACUGCACACUGACCAUUAGGGAAAGUAUACUGAUGAGCAACGGCUCCAGAAUCAAAGGCUGGUGGGUGUCACAUCAUUACGUGUCGACCUUUCUGUCAGGUGUCAUGCUGACCUGGCCGGAGGGUCCGAUGUACCAGAGGUUCAGGAGCCAGUUUCUUGCCUUCUCCAUCUAUCAGAGUUUUCUUCAGUUCCUCCAGUAUUACUACCAGAGCGGCUGCUUGUACCGUCUCCGAGCUCUGGGGGAGAGAAGCCAGCUGGACCUCACCGUGGAGGGGUUUCAGUCCUGGAUGUGGAGAGGCCUCACUUUUCUACUGCCAUUCCUGUUUUUCGGCCACUUUUGGCAGUUGUACAACUCGGUGUCGCUGUUUCGCCUGGCGGGACGUGAUGACUGCAAGGAGUGGCAAGUUUUCAUGCUGGCGCUGACUUUUCUGGUCCUGUUCCUGGGGAACUUUCUCACCACUGUUAAAGUCGUCCACCAGAAAUUCCAGAAGAACAAGGAAAAGAUGCAAAAAAAGGACUGAGACUUGAACUCAACAGGACUCCUCAGACCUGGACAGUCCCUCUGAACCAACACACAGUCAGUCGGUCGGUCAGUCGGUCGCUCGGUCGUCUGUGAGACUGAGGCUCAGACGAAGAUGAAAUCACCGUUUCUCUCAGGCUUUGAUUUUUGGAGAGCAGCGACCUCCAUGUCUCCAGACCUCCAGGCCUACAGACUUCCAGACUUCUAGACUUCCAGACUUCUAGACUUCCAUGUCUCCAGGCCUCCAGGCUCUGAUGAUUCACUGCUUCGUCGUUUUAAACUGCGAUCAUCUCCAGACCGUGACCAGCCGCUGCUCUGACCUGUGCUGACUGUGUUUCAUUCAGGUAUCUGUGUGUCAGCGUCUGUCCGAGAGCCUCGGCUUGAACCACAUGCAACAGGAAGACAACAGGUAGCAAGCGUAAGGCGUAAAACGAGGAAAACCCCAGAUUCAGUGGACGGUGUCAACUGUGGUGACGUUUAAAAAAAAAAAAAGUCUGUGAUUUGUAAGGUUUAAAAAUGUGAAGGUUUUCUUUUUUUAUUAUUAUUUCUUUCUUUCUUUUAUUGACAUUCCCUCAGUCUGACGUUUGAGACGCGCAAAAUUAUCAUUUGAUUGAAUUUUCGGUGGUGGGAGAAUUUGUCAACAGUUAAAUUGUUUGAAGACGUUAGACGAUUUAACCUGAUUUACUGUUUUCCCAUUAACAGAUUAGUCCAUUCCCACCAACAUACAGUCCUAGUUUUUUUUUUUUUUUAAGUGAUGUUCGUUGUGGUUGUUUGUCAAUGACCCUGUGAGUCUGGAGGUCAGAGGUCACUUAUUGGCAGAUCAUCCACAGACGUUGAUGCCGUUUUAUCUAUUUCUCAAUGAAUUUCCAGUAUCGGGGGUUAGUGGACCGGGUCGUGGCCCGGGUCGUGGACCGGGUCGUGACCCCAUGCCUGUAUGUAACGCUGUUUCCUGUGGGAAGUGUUUGUUAACCAAUGGACGACAAGAAUUCGCACUAAUUAUCUUCUAGUUAAUAACUUUAGAAUUAACGUUCUUAUGCAGCCUGACGUCGCCCUCUGCUGGGAACUCGGUGAAUUUCAUACUUCUGUGAAGUAGAAAUAGUCGCAGCGUCACUGGCACGACCUGUAUGUGUAUUUUUUUUUUAUUUUUUAUUUAUGAUUUGUGUCUCGUCCUUCGUUUGUGUGUGAACCACUCGGUGCAUCCUCAGGUUUUUACGUCGACUCUGUUUGUUUCGUAACGUAGCGCUAAGUACGUCGUUUGUCUUGUAAACCUGAUACUGGACAAAUUGAACCAACGUUAACUUUUUUUCUUGCAUUAAGAAGAAUGUCAGGGUCUCAUGGGAAAUUACACACAACCCCAGCGUUCAAUCAUGUACGCGUAUCUGACCUGCUGUCUGGACCUCGGCUAAAACCACGUUAGCCGAGGGUUAGCGCUCACAAAGUUUCACCUACAGGUCGGUUAGCGUGUCACACUGUACAUGGAAAGAAAACCAGGAACAAACAAACAGUGAGAGGCAGAACAAGUAAAUACUCGUCCACCAGGUGGCAGCAGAUGGCUAUAAAAACAAAUGAAACGGGCCUCAGAGCUGUCGAUGAUCUUGGUUUGUCUUUCUUCAAUUCCUACCAGUAUAAAAGUCUGGUGUUCAACUAAACAGACCAGUGUAGGUCAAUUUUGAGUCAGUUGAAACUAGAAGCUUAACUAACGAGUUUCUAUUGGUCAGUGCAGCUGUCAGUUACUCAUUGUGUUCACUAAUACGGUGCACCAUAGUCCAAAAACUGUUUGGAAUAACGACUUCCGACACCACGGGAACGUCUGCUCUACAGUCAAAUCUUUCUUAUUUUCAGUGUGUGACUUAUGGCUAACAGUGUUCGAUCAGCUGAUUGAUUAACGAAUUUACCAAAUUAAUUUAAAGAUGUCACUGUCAAAGUCAUAAAUUACUAGAAAAAAA